UUCGUGUGCGUGCGCGUGCAUGUCUUCACAUUGCCAGCUGCUGCAGACCCGGAUGCGUAUCCAUGUUCGCCUGCGGGACAACCUGAAGGACAAAUCCUUUUCCUGUGUACUGGCAUUACAGGGGGGGUUUGUCAGUGAGGAUUUCCGCGGCCAUGGAUUGCCUUGACGGAUCCGUUCAGUUCAGGAACUUCAAGAAGGACAACUUUGAGGAUGACUGGAUUAAGGUGUCGGAAUGCAGAUUUGGUCACCUGUACCGGGUGAAGCUCAAGCCUCGGCAGGAAAAAUGUGCCUUGAAGAGGUUUGACAAAACAUUGUGUGCAAACAACUUUUACAGGAGAAUAAUAGACGAGGCGUCCAACAUCGCCAAAGUGAAAUUCAAGCACAUUGUGCCUGUUUACGGACUGUGCAAUGAGUUGAAUGCUGUGGUGAUGGAGUACAUGAGUAAUGGCUCGCUGAAUGAUCUCCUCGCCAGUCACACUUUCAUGUGGCCAAAGAAGUUGCAAAUGAUUUAUGAGGCCUCUAUGGGAAUGAAUUUCCUUCACAGCAUGAAUCCUCCACUACUUCAUCUCAACCUCAAGACCUCCAACAUUCUACUAGAUGAUUGUCUCCAUGUCAAGAUUUCAGAUUUUGGUAUAAUCCACUGGGAGGAGAGCACGGGCAAUACAAAGUUCAUGGAGCAUCUGACAGCAAGAGGAAACAUAAACUACAUUCCUCCAGAGACCUUCACUCAGUGCCCUGAUCCGCCAGGAACUGCCUUUGAUGUUUACAGCUUUGGAAUAGUGAUGUGGGAGAUCCUGACUCAGCAGAAACCGUAUGCAGGGUGCAGUGUGACCACAGUAUUCCUACAGGUGUCCCAGGGUAAGAGACCCAGUGUGGAGAUGAUACCUGAACCCAAGCCGCAAGAGUGUGAUCAGAUGAUGGACAUCAUGGGGCAGUGUUGGAGCGAAGACCACAGGAAGAGGCCACAGUUCUCAGACACUGUGAGGAAAACGGAGGCGCUAAACCAAAGACUGAAUAUCCCAAAACAAAUCGAAAUCCAAAAUGGUGACGAGGGACAGAAAUCAGAUUAUCCGAUGCUGGUUUCUACGAUGCAUGAAAUGGCUUUGCCUGAGAUACCUGACCUUCCCUCAGAUGACCACUGUGCCACGAACAGCAUUCUCUCUCUGCUGGACAAAAGGGAGUUUGGUACUUUUAAACAUUCAGUAAAAAGAGAGCAUGUAUUCACCCAGUUUUCAGAUAAAAAGAGCCUCCUGCACUACACUGUUGCCAGCGGGGACGCAGAGAGUGUCGAGCAUGUCCUGAGUCUGGGCGCUGAGGUCAACUGUACGACUGCAAGAGGCUACACUCCUCUUUUUAUUGCUGUUUUGCACAGGUUUCAGGACAUCAUCAUUUUGUUGCUGGAACACGGUGCAUCUACCACCCAGGUAGACGAGGACCAGUGGACAGUUCUCCAUUUUGCUGCUCAGAGCGGCGAUGACAGGGCGGCCCGUCUCCUGUUGGCCAAUGGAGCUGUGCCAGACGCUCGGGAGAAAAAAGGUUGGACGCCCCUUCAUCUGGCCUGUCAGAAUGGCCACGAGACAGUGGUGCGCGUGCUGCUUUCACGGCUGUCAGGGGAGUUAGCCAGACAGGGGGAGGCGCAAGGGAGGACGCCGCUACAUCUAGCCUCCGCCUACGGCCAUUCGCACAUCACCAAGCUCCUCCUCUCUUGGGGAAUGGAUCCCAACGCCACCGACAAUUCCCUCUCUACUGCCCUUCAUGUGGCGGCGGAGAAAGGCCACAACAGAGUGGUCCGACAGUUAGUGAAGAGUGAGGUGAAUAUUGACAGCGCCGACAGCAGAGGAUACACUCCGCUUCACCUGGCAGCUUUCCAGGGUCACACAGGCAUAUGCAGGACGCUGUUGGUAAAAGGAGCCAGCCCAGAAUGCAAGACCCUGCAAGGGUGGACCGCCAUGCAUCUGGCUGCCCUCAGGGGACAUGAAGCCACGUUGGUCGAGCUGGAGGGUAAGGGCGGUAGUGUGAAUGCCCGGGGCAAGAAUGGGUGGACCCCGCUCCACCUCGCCUGCCACCAGGGCGAGCCUGACGUGGUGGCAAAGCUCCUGGCAGCCAAAGCCCAUCAGAACGCGUCGGAGGACAAUGGAGGAUGGACGCCGCUACAUUUAGCUUGUACUAGCGCCAGUUUGCCAAGUGUCCUCCACUUGAUAUCCCACGAUGCAGAUGUUAACGCGUUGAGCGCAGGAAAGGCGACGGCUUUACACCUCGCUGCGCAGCAGGGCUGUGUGCCCAUUGUAGAGGCUCUGCUGCUGAACGGAGCCGACAGGACCCUGAUGGACUCCACUGGAUCAACAGCUCUGGAUGUGGCCCAGAGGUGUGAAAAAUGGGAAAUGGUGCAACUGUUAGAGAAGUAUUAGUGAAAACAAGAUAAGUGUAAGAAGCUAAAU